AUGGACCAGUCGAUGGGAGAGAUGCGCCAUGGAGCUCCCAGCCUUGAUCUCAAUGCUUCCGGUCCAGUAUGUUCUGCUCAUCCGGGUGAGUCUCAAGCUUCUAUGAGCAUAACUGUUGGAGAAGAAAUACAUGGGAAGGACUUCCUGGACGACGGAACAAGUGUCGAAUUCAGUGCAAGAUGCACUGAAGCAACCAGCGGCUGGACUAGGAGGGUUAGGAUUGGCAAGGCACGCGUCGAAAGGGAAAUGAGUGCAGCGAGGAAGAGUGCUUUGGAAUUAUCAGUGAGAGAUUACAUAACCAAGCGCGAUGGGAAUGUUGCCAACCCUGUUAUUGGAACCUCGUUCGACUCCAUAGAUGAGGCUUACAAUUUCUAUAAUUUAUAUUCAUGGGAGGUUGGUUUUGGUAUUAGGCUAUCAAAAAGCCGACUCAAUGUUAAUCGGUCAAGAUGCAUGCAAGAGAUUGUGUGCGGCUGUGCGGUUAGUCUUUGUUUCGCUGGGAAGCCAGUGAAAGAUAACACUAGAUCAUCCAGGUGUGGGUGCAAUGCUAUGAUCAGGCUAUUAAGGUCGGAAGACAAUGGGUGGUACAUAUGUGAGCAUCGCUCUUCACACAACCACCCUCUCUCGAUGACGUGUGGCGAAAAAAUGCACUCGCAAUCUCACAGACACAUUGACCGUUACACUAAAGAUUUGGUUACACAACUAAGGCAAAACAAUGUUAGUCUUGGAAAGGUCUUUAGUAUAGUUGGAAGUUUUUUUGGUUGUAUCGAAAAUGUUCCAUUCACCAAGAGGGCGUUAAAGACACUGUGUGGCAAGAUUAAUAAGGAGCAUAGUGAUUCUGAUGCCAGGAAAACAAUGGACAUUCUGUCUGAGAUGAAAGCAAAUGACCCGGCGUUCAAUUAUACUGUGCAGGUUGACGAGGAGAGCAGGAUAAAGACACUUAUGUGGGUGAAUGGUAAUAGCAUCGACCAAUACAUGUGUUUUGGAGAUGCUAUAACGUUUGACACAACAUAUCGGACAAACUUAUACGAUAUGCCAUUUGGAUUAUUUGUUGGUGUGAACAACCAUUUCCAGAGUAUAAUUUUUGGUGGAGCGAUGCUUAGGGAUGAGAAAGAGGAUACAUUCAGAUGGGUCUUUCGUGAGUUCAUUAGAAUGGUUGGUGGGAAGCAUCCACAGACGAUACUUACUGAUCAGGCUCGUUCUAUGGAAUUAGCGAUUGAGGCAGAGCUGCCAAAUACAGUGCACAGGUGGUGUAAGUGGCACGUGUUGAAGAAAGCGAAAGAAUCAAUGGGCGCAUUGUGGGGGAAGAAUAGUGAUUUCAAGACUGAGUUUCACAAGUUGGUCCAUCACAUGGUGAACGAAGAAGAGUUUGAAGGUGGAUGGGCUGCAAUGCUGGAGAAGUACUCGUUGAAGAAACAUCCAUUCCUGACACAAAUCUACGAGGUGCGUCACAAAUGGGCGAAGCCGUAUUUUAGGGGAGUGUUCUGUGCAAAAAUGACAAACACGCAACGGAGUGAGAGUGCAAAUCACAUGCUGAAGGGGUAUGUUCCGCCUGGCUGCCCUAUGCAUCUAUUCCUACACCAAUAUGAAAAACUACAAUUUGACAGAGAUUCUGAAGAAAGCUUCCAGGAGAAGCGCACCUCACUGAGUGGAGUAUCAUUAAGAUUUAACCUGCCAAUUGAGAGACAUGCAAGCAAAAUUUACACGAGGGCUAUGUUUGAGCAGUUUGGGGAAGCUCUCUACAAGGCUGGUGCCUAUGUAGUUGAUGUAGUCCAGCCUAUGGCAAUUUAUAAGCUAACACAUGUUGAUGCAGCAACGCGUGCGAGAUGGAGCAAAGUUGAGUUCAUAGUUAAAGUGAACGACGACAAAUCAUUUUUUAUCUGUGAAUGCGGGUCAUUUGAGCACUCUGGCAUGGUCUGUUGCCAUUCGUUAAUAGUCAUGAUUGAGUUGCGGCUUAGCAGAAUACCAACAAAGCAUAUAUUGAAGCGAUGGACGAGGGAUGCACGAGAUAUCUUGCCUGAGCGACUUGUCUGGUACCAAAGAGACAGUGGUCCUCCUGCUAGCAAUACAUACAGGCAUCAUACUAUGUACAUUCAAGCUUUGGAUUGCGUACGGCUCGGUGACAGCAAUGUGAAAUGUUUUGAAGUUUUCACGGCGAUGAUGAAGGAAGUUUAUAAAACCCUACUGCCUCUAAGCCAGGAUAAGGAUGGUAUGGGACUUGAAGAUUGCGAGACAGCUGUUGAUGGCAACAAUAUGGUUGAUCGUGUGCCGGAACUAUCAAACUGUUCAGGAAUUGCUCCCGCAAAGUCUAAACGGUCAGCGGGGAGGCCGUCUUCAAGCAGAGAGAAGGCUCCAUAUGAAGAGAAGCUGAAGAGACAGCAGAGGAGAACACAUGGGCGGGUUGGCGUGUACAUGCAAAUGGCUAUGCAUUUACUACAUCUGUACUACGAUCUUGAUGGUGGUGGUAAUGUACUGCCGGUCCCACAUGAAGCUUCCCAUUCUUCUUCGCUAGCUACCGCCAUUGAUGAGGCUAGUGUGCUAGGACAAGGUCCGAUAGCAAGGUGUGCGGUGGAUGAUAGCCGAGAUGGUACACAGAUUGCAGCUCGUGAAGAGCAUGUGUACAUCGAGGAGGGCACAGGGGACUUCGAUCCGAUGGUUGCAGGGGUGUGCUGUGCGGAAGAGUUGGUUCUGGAUGAUGGCGAUAAUGCGUCAUGCGUUGGAGCUGUGGAUGACAAAGCAGAUGAAGACGACGCAGAGAGCCGUCCAACGAAGCGCGCCAAGCUCUAG